AUGGCUGGCUCGCAGCGCAGUGUUGCUGCCCUGCUCUGGGCGCUCGUCGCAACGACCGCGCGCGCGCUCGCGCCGCCGCGGAGCGGUCGCGCCGCGCCGCCGCGCCGCACUUCCGUCGCGGUCCGCGGGACGCUCAAGCCCUACCUGUCGACGCUCAUCGGCGGCGACGGCCUCAGCUUCGAGGAGUCGCGGAGCCUCUUCGGCGCCUUCUUCGACGGCACGGCGGCGCCCGAGGAGGUCGCCGCCGUGCUCUGCUGCCUGCGCCAGAAGGGCGAGUCCUUCGAGGAGGUCGCGGGCGCGGCGACGGCGAUGCGCGACGCGUGCGUCCGCGUCGACGCGCCCGGCACGCUGCUCGACAUCGUCGGCACGGGCGGCGACGGCGCCUGCACGAUCAACCUGUCGACGUGCAGCGCCAUCCUCGCCGCGGCCUGCGGCGCCAAGGUCACGAAGUGCGGCAACCGAUCCGUGAGCUCCGCGUGCGGGGCCGCCGACGUCUUGGAGGCGCUGGGCCUCGACCUCGAGCUCGAGCUCGACGACGUCGCGUCCUGCAUCGAGGACGUGGGCCUGGGCUUCCUCUACGCGCCGAAGAACCACCCGGCCAUGCGCUUCGUCGCGCCCGUGCGCAAGGCGCUCGGCGUGCGGACCGCGUUCAACCUCCUCGGCCCCCUGACGAACGCGGCGUCCGCGCAGCGCGUCGUCAUCGGCGUCUUCGACGAGGCGCUCGUGGAGCUGCUGGGCGCGGCCUUGGAGCGCAUCGGCGUCGUCGACCACGCCGUCGUCAUCCACGGCGUCGGGCUGGACGAGCUGAGCCCGCUCGGGCCCUGCACGGUCAAGGAGCUCAAGCGCGACGGCGACGGCUACGCCUCGUCGACGUGGACGCUGGACCCGUUGGACUACGGCAUGCCCCGCUGCACGCUCGCGGACCUCGUCGGCGGCGGGCCCGACUUCAACCAGCGCGCGUUGCGCCGGUGCCUCGCGGCGGACCCGGCGUCGAUCCCGCUCGGCGAGGAGACGACGCUCGACGACGCCGCCUGCCGCGACGCCAUCGCCCUCAACGCGGGCAUGGGGCUCUACGUCUACGGCGCCGCGCCGGACCUGAAGGCCGGCAUCGCGCUCGCGAAGGACGGCCUCGCGUCCGGCGCGGGCCUCGCGAAGCUCGACGCCUGGAUCGCCAAGACCAAGUCCUACGCCUAG